AUGAUUCGCUUCUUCCUCGUCGCUUGUGCCGUGUCCUUUAUCGGGAAAGCAGUUGGGAUAACUCACGAGAGCACGAAGCAGCUGAAAGACACUCUAUUGCAGGACUACGACUCCCACCUUCCACCAAUACCGAGCGAUGGGAAACCGGUCUCCGUCAAGCUGGGGGUAGCCGUCAUCAGCUUUCGCAGGGUGGAUUUCCAUUGGGUGGGACAUCCACCUGGUUUCAAAUCCACCUCCUAUCCACCUGGUCUUUCAGCCAGGUGGAUGCAGGUGGACGUAAUCCACCUGGCUCGAGAAGAACGUGUGCGAAUGACCAGGAGGAUUUCCAUUGGGUGGGACAUCCACCUGGUUUCAAAUCCACCUCCUAUCCACCUGGUAUGGAACGACGAGCGAUUGAUGUGGGAACCCUCGGAUCACUCCAACAUCAGCACGCUGAGAAUGCCUUCCAAUAAAGUCUGGAUCCCCGACAUCACGCCUCAUAACGAGGCGACCGAGGACGAGUUCGAUUCGUCUCUGCAUCAACAGCUGUCAUCCCACACUCUGGUGUAUUCGAACGGGGAAGUUCUGUUCGUGCCCAACGUCGUCUUGAAGACGUAUUGCCAGGGUGACCUCACUCAUUGGCCGUUGGAUCGGCAGGUGUGCAGCAUCAAGUUCGGGUCCUGGGUCUACGACGGGAACCUCGUCAACCUCAGUCUCUAUGGGAGUCCUGAGGACACCAUGGACAUGCAGGAUUAUCGCGAAUCGACGCAUUGGACCGUGGUGGGCAUGCCGACCGUGACCCGAGAAGAGAUAUUCUAUUCCUGUUGCAGCGAGCCCUAUAUCGACCUGCUGGCGAACGUCACCUUCUCCCGCAAGCCCUCUGUUUUUUACCACACCGCUCUCUUCUUUCCUGUCAUCGUGACAUUCAUGAGAAUCAUGAUGUGUCUGCAAGUGAUCGGACUCAUCUGGUCCCUCCUGACCCUCUUGAUCGCGAGCACCCACAACGGCGUCACGUCCAAAUUGGCCCAGUUGAGCCAGACCGCCUUAGGCAAGGUCUUCUGCCUCUUCACCGAGAUACCCGAAGAGCUGCUGGAAGGCGAGGGAAAAGGAACUUCCGCCAGGACGGAGAUCCUGGUCAUGAAUUUCCUGGACAGAAUUUGCUUUUACGUCUUCCUUUUCACCAUCGCCAUCAAUUUUGCCGUCAAUUGGCCGCACCGGGAAGCAGUUGGGAUAACUCACGAGAGCACGAAGCAUCUGAAAGACACUCUCUUGCAGGACUACGACUCCCUCGUUCCACCCAUUCCGAGCGAUGGGAAAUCGGUCUUCCUCGAGUUUAGGCCAGUCGUCAUAAGCUAUCGCAGGGACGACCUGAAAGGCGAGGCGAUCUGGCACCUCUGGAUGGACUCGAAAUGGAACGACGAGCGAUUGACGUGGGAACCAUCGAAUCACUCCAACAUCAGUGAUCUGAGAAUGCCUCCAGAUAAUGUCUGGAUCCCCGACAUCUCGAUUUAUAACGAGGAGAGCGAGGACGAGUUCGAUUCGUCUCUGCAUCAACAGGUGUCAUCCCACACCGUGGUGAAAUCGAACGGGGAGGUUCACUUCGUGCCCAACCUCGUCUUCAGAACGUAUUGCGAGGGUGACCUCACCCAUUGGCCGUUUGAUCAGCACAUGUGCGACAUCAAGUUCGGUUCCUGGGUCUACGACGGGAACCGCGUCAACCUCAGUCUCGACGGGAGUCCCGAGGACGCCCUGGAUCUGUCGGCUUAUCGCACGGCCCUGCUGACCCUGGCCGCGCAGUGGUACCCGGCAGGUUCGACCCACCGCGUCAUGUACUUCUUCUUCAACUUCUUCGUCCUCCUCGUCCUCCAGUUUUACCAUUCCGCCUUCAUUCCGAUGACCGGGGCCAGCGACAUCAAGAUCCUGACAUUCAUGAGAAUCAUGAUGUGUCUCCAAGUGAUCGGACUCAUCUGGUCCCUCCUGACCCUCUUGAUUGCGAGCACCCACAACGGCGUCACGUCCAAAUUGGCCCAGUUGAGCCAGACCGCCUUGGGAAAGGUCUUCUGUCUCUUCACCGAGAUGCCUAAAGAGCUGACGGAAGGCGAGGGAAACGGGACUUCCGCCUGGACGGAGAUCUUGGUCUCGAAUUUCCUGGACAGACUUUGCUUUUACGCCUUCCUUUGCACCAUCGCCUUCAAUUUUGCCCUCAAUUGGCCGCAUCGUCAGGGAAUGUGA